UCAUAUAAAACACAAGUCUUGCCGAAGACUAGAAAUCCUUUUAACACACACAGACCAAGAGAAGGCAUCCUCCAUAGCUGAGCUUGCUGGUCUCUGCACCAUGAGAAACAGAUAUCUAAGGUUGCUUCCAGGAUUCUUGGUGCUGCUGAUGUUUCCAUGUGGACCUGCAACCCAGAGCACUACAGGGACUUCUACCCUGGUCACUUCUCAAACCUACACCACAAAGGGAACCUUACCCACAACAGUUGUUCCCACUACAUGGAGUGGUACCCUGACCAGUAAUGAAACCUACAGCACAACAACGAUCUUAACCACAACAGUUGUUCCCACUACAUAGAGUGGUACCCUGACCAGUAAUGAAACCUACAGCACAACAACGAUCUUAACCGCAACAGAUAUCAAUGAGUGUGGACCACCUGCAACCGUGUCCUGUGGAAACAAUGCAGACUGCCAGAACACGGAAGGGGGCUACCACUGCACCUGCAUCCCAGGAUAUGAGCUUGCUUCUGGGGAACCAACGUUCAGGAAUGAGAGUGAGAACACAUGUCAAGAUAUCAAUGAGUGUGGACCACCCUCGACCAUGUCCUGUGGAAAGUUUGCAGACUGCCAGAACACAGAAGGAGGCUACCACUGCAACUGCAUCCCAGGAUAUGUGCUUGCUUCUGGGGCAUCAAUGUUCAGGAAUGAGAGUGAGAACACUUGUAAAGAUAAGGACGAGUGCAGCUCCGGGGAGCAUCAUUGUCACAACUCCACCAUCUGCACCAACACUGUAGGUUCAUAUGUGUGCCACUGCCGCCAAGGCUGGGUGCCCAAACCUGGAUUCCAGAAUAAGCAAAAUACCACCGUCUGUGAAGAGGUCUCCUUCCCCACCUGGAUGCCACCCCCUGGAAUCAAGAGCCAGAGGCUCUCCUGCUUCUUUCACAGACUCCAGCAUCUGCGUGGGAACUUCAGUUCAGCCUCUGUUCAGAGCACUAUCCAGGACCUCAUACAGGAGGUUGGUGAUCUGCUGGAGGGGCCCCAGGACCUGGAAAACCUGUCCCAAUCAGAGAAGCAGUUUGUGGCCACUAAUCUGCUCCUGGGCCUGGAGAAAGCUCUGAGAUGGCUGGGCAAGGCCCUGCCCAUUGGGGCAAUGACUUUUAGUUCAUCUGCUGGCACAAAGCUGUCACUGAAGGUGCAGGAGCAAGGAUACGAGAAUAUCACCUUGAUUCAGAAUCAGACAAAGAUGCUGCUCACCUGGGAUACAGUGCAUGAAUCUGGUGACCCAGGCCCUGCUGUGGCGGGCCUUCUGUCCACUCCAGGGAUGGGAAAGUUUCUGGCUAAGGCCCCGCUGGUCCUGGAUACUGUGGAACAAGCAGCUUUGAAUGAGACACAUAAAGGCGUGCUACAGGAAAUCUAUCAUGAUCUGCUAUCAGAGGUCAUCUCUGCCUUUAUCAGCAACAAGGACCCUCAGAACCUCAGGCACCCGGUCACCUUUAUCUUCCAACAUUCAGUCAUCCCUGGUCCAAGAGAGAAAGUGUUCUGCGUCUUCUGGGAGCAUGGCCAGAAUGGAAGUGGUCAUUGGGCCACCAGUGGCUGCAGGAUGGUGGGCACCAAAGACAACAGCACCAUCUGCCAGUGCACCCACCUCAGCAGCUUUGCCAUCCUCAUGGCUCACUACAAAGUACAGAAGGAUUCUGCACUGACUGUGAUCAGCUACGUGGGGCUGAGCCUCUCUCUGCUGUGCCUUCUCCUGGCGGUGCUCACCUUCCUGUUCUGCAAAGCCAUUCACAAUACAAGCACCUCACUCCACCUGCAGCUCUCCAUUUGCCUCUUCCUGGCCCACUUGCUCUUCCUAACAGCCAUCGACAGAACUGAGAUCAAGGUGCUGUGUAGCAUCAUUGCAGGUGCCUUACACUAUCUCUACCUGGCCUCCUUCACCUGGAUGCUGCUGGAGGGCCUGCACCUCUUCCUCACUGCACGCAACCUGAUUGUGGUCAACUACUCCAGUGUGAACAAGUUCAUGAAGAAGCUCAUGUUCCCUGUGGGCUAUGGAGUCCCGGCUGUGAUUGUGACCAUAUCUGCAGCAUCCCAGCCUUAUCUUUAUGGAACACCCACCAGCUGCUGGCUCAACUCAAAAAAGGGAUUUAAAUGGAGUUUCCUUGGACCAGUCUGUUCCAUCUUCUCGGUCAAUUUAGUUUUCUUUCUGGUGACCCUCUGGAUGUUGAAAAGCAAACUCUCUUCCCUCAACAGUGAUGUGUCCACCCUCCAGAACACAAGGAAGCUGACAUUUAAAGCCACAGCUCAGCUCUUUAUCUUGGGAUGCACAUGGUGUCUGGGAAUCCUGCAGGUGGGACCAGCUGCCCAUGUCAUGGCCUACCUCUUCACCAUCAUCAACAGCCUGCAGGGUGUCUUCAUCUUCCUGGUGUAUUGCCUCCUCAACCAACAGGUCCGGAAGCAAUAUGGGGAAUGGUUCAAAGGGAUCUAUAUAACCAAAUCCAGGUCUGAGAAGUACACACUGUCCAGCAAGACCGAGUCUGAUGCUUGCAAAUAUAGUGCUGUAAGAUCUCACAUUGCGGACACAGAGUGUAACUAACUAAUCCACUUGUGCAGCACAUGCUUUACCACUCAACAACUAGGUAUGCAAUAGUUGAUGUCCUAGGAUGGCUCACACUUGGUUUUACUCAUUGACCCAUUAACCAUUAGAAAUGGUCUUAGUUUGUUUGAAAAUAUAUUCCACUCUUGUUGCUUAGGGAACUGUGUUUAUCAUUUAUUCAUAUAUAAAUACCCUUAUUGAACAUCUGCUAUGUGCCAUGAAUAGUUAACUAAAUAAGCAAGAAUCAAUGAUCAGAAGUGGCAAGGCACAUUCCACACAGAGACACAUUAUUCUAUCCUUUUCCUCUACACCUUCUUCCAUGUAACACUCAUUCAACAGCACCCCUACAAAAAUGCAAAAAUUGGGGCUGGAAUUAUGUACUUAUUUAUGCAUUAAACAGAAGUGUGUUAUCUAGCACUUUAGACUUUCUUAACAAGGCUGCCUAAUAUUUUUGUCACCGUCUACCCAAUGGAAAACCAAGAAGGAAAGGCAGUAAUGACAUGGGAUAAUUCAUGGCAGUGACUACUAAGAACCAACGAUUACUACUUUAAACUUACAAACAUUUUACUGAUGUUUUAUCACCUCUUCCAUCUUCUGUUAAAUCCCUUGAGUUUUACUUCCUAUUUACAGGAGCUUACUAUAUGCCUGGAAGUCCUUCAGCAAUUCUCUCAUUAUCUUGUUCACCAACCUCCAUAAGAACUGGUUCCACCACUGAAUCUUCUAUCUCCUCCCCCUUUCUAAGAAAUAUUUUCAUCACCUAUUUCACAGAGAAAAUCAAAGUCAUCAUUGAUGACACUUUGUGAAUUCCAUGUCGUAAACUGUACCAGACAGUGACAUGCACCUUCUCCAUACUGACACAAUUUUCCUUCUUCUCUCCGAAGACAGUGCUUCCACCUGCACUUUGGACCCCAUCAUUCAUGCCUUAUCAGUUAUCCUUACAUUAUUGUUCACAUAUAUUUCCUCCCUUUCUCUCUCUCUCUCCCUCUCUCUUCCUCCCUCCCUCCUUCCCUCCUUCCCUCAACUUUUCAACAGUAUUCUUCCCAUAGUCAUGUAUACAUGUUUGGUCCUCUUCUAUCUUACAAACUUGUCCUACUUGGCCCUCUUCUAGCUACCAGCUGAGGGUUGACUUUUCACUCUUGUCUCCAUUUCCUUUCCUUUAAACCACUCCUUCAACCCAUGAAGAUAUAGCUUCUUUCCUCCAUCAUUCCACUGAAACAAAUAUCUCUUAGAUCUACAAUGAUUUCCAUCUCCCAAAAAGUUCUUUCAGAAACUUUUGAUUAUUCAUCACCCCUUUCUCAUGAAACACUCCUUCCUUAUUCCCUCUAGAUUCUACUUACAUGCCCCUCCAUGUCAUUAUUCCAUUCUCUCUCUUUCUUCUCUAUUGUUUCCUUUAUAGUUCUAACAAGUGGAUUGGUUCCAAAACAAUUUCAAUUUGCAUUAAAUUCUUUCCUUCUAGACAAUAAUAUUUCUUCCUUAGAUUCAGUCAUCAGCUAGAUGCAAGUGUUACCCACUAUCUUUCUCUACUUCUGACAUUUCCUCUGCAAUCUAGAGAAGUACUUGACAUCUUUGACAUCUCAAAAGACAUCUUCAUCUCAGCCUUCCAGUACAAACGUUGCAAUCUUUACCCUAGUCCAAUCCUUUCCCAUGGUGUCCUUCUCUAUCUACAUGGUACCACAUUAAUCCUGUGGCACAAGUUUGGAACCUAAAAGUUAUUUCCAACAACUGUCUUAUUUCCCAUCACAACCUACCCAUUUUUCAAUCCUGUUGUGCUUAUCUUCUCAGUGUGUCCCCAGUUUGUCCAUCUGGCUCAACCUCCAUCACCUCCUCCUCAGCUAGGCUGCCAUCGUCAUUUGCCUGAACAACUGCAACAUCCUCCUGAAUACUCUUUCCACCUUUGUCACCUCCCAAUGCAUCUUUUACACAGAAAUCAGAACUAACUUUUCAAAAUGUAGAUAAAAUCAUGACACUUUUUAAUCUCUUUUUUAAGGCUACACGCACAGUAUAUGGAAGUUCCCAGGCUAGGGGUUUAAUGGGAGCUAUAGCUGCCAGCCACACCACAGCCACAGCAACACCAGAUUUAUCUUACAGAUCUUGAAGUUAAAAGUCCAAAAUGUUUUUUUUUUGUUUUUUUUUGUUUUUUUUUUGAGAUCAAUGCAUUUUAUUGAGGGGCUUUGGGGGGGAGUCGAAAGAUUGGGAGAACAAUGAGAUCUGAUGUCCCCCCAGCCAGGAUCUUCUUGCUUCUCAGUCGUUCCAAAAUGGGUUUUAUGGGACUAAAAUCAAGGUUCAGUAGAAUUGCAUUCUUUCUGGAGUCUCUAGGGGAAUAUUUGUUUCUUUUGUUAGCUUUUAGAGGCUGCAUGCAUUCCUUGGCUAGUGGCCCCAUGCUUCACUCAAUUUUCAAAGCCUUUAGCAUCUUCAAGUCUCCCUCAGUUUCCUCUGCUUAUGUCAUUAUAUUUAUUUUCCUGUAUAUAACUCUCUAUUUCCCCCGUUUCCUUAUAAGAACCCUGGUCAUUAUAUUGGCUCAUCUUAAUAAUCCAGGAUAAUUUUCCUUCUCAAAAUCCUUAUCUUAAUUACACUACAAAACACAUUUCCUUUCCAUGUAAAGCAAUAAAUUCACAGGUUCCAGAGAUUAGUAUGUGAAUAUCUUUAGGGGACCAUUUUCUGCCUAGCACACCUAUUAUACAUAGGUUUGGUUGACCUACUGUAGAACCAUCAAAAUCUGCCUCAUAUUAUAGCUAUUUGAAUAAAUAUUUACCAUUAUCCUCUAUCCCAUCAGAGAUAAUAUACACAGUGAGGAAGGAAAUGUACUUUCUGUGUAGCAAAAUACAGUAAUGGCAUCAUAUAGCCAAUGAAUGAUUUUUAAAUGCAGGUACUUGAUCAGCUCUUUCCACUAUCAAAGGACAAAACAAAUAUACUACUGAAUUUACCUUAUACUGUCUCAUAAAAUUUGGUGUCUCUGUGUUUAAAAGAUGUAGAAAUGUGUCCCUCUCAUUAUGGCAUCUCUCUGUGGCUUCCUGUAGUCUUGUUCAAGAAAAACAAAAUAUUUUCCCUUGUGUCUAUUUCUGUCUAAUUUCCCAAAGUGCAAUAUUCAUAAACUUCUUGAGUAGAGAUAAAGAUGUGAAGUUGCCCAUCUCAAGCAUCUGAAAUUACCCUGAGCUUCCUAUAGACCUAGAAAUAAAUAACUCAUAUUUAGGAUGGUAAGGAUAGGUAAAAGAAGAAUUGAAUGCUUCUUCCUUUACAUCUCAGGUGAUUUACAAGAGAUAACAUUUCCAACCUUUCAUUAAUCUUCCACUUUCCCCUUUUUAUGACUUUCUGCAGGAAAUAAUAUUUCAAAAUCUUGAAGCAGAGGGAUCAGGACAUACAUUUUGAAAAGACAGGUAUUUUUUGGUAGUAUAUUUAACUACUCUCAUAUUCUAUAACUUGAGGGUAGGAAAUGUAGGGAGAUGAGACUCCUGAGAAAGACCAAGUUCUACCAAAAUGCAAUAUGGUAGGACUUUUGAUCUUACCCUGACAAACCCAACUGGCAAAGAAACUUAGUGCUUAAAGACUUCUUAAAUUUCUUAUUUCUUUUUUUCAAAGGAACCUUUUUAGGUUAUCUUUCUAUAGCCAUAUAUUAUUUCUAAAAUUUAUAAGCAAUGAUAUCCUGCUGUAUAGCACUAGGAACUAUAUUUAGUCACUUAUGAUGGAGCAUGA